GUCAGAAAUUCAAAAAGGCAAGGUAAAAAAUCAAAGUUCUUGAGUCGACCACGAAUAGCUCCAUUUUCUUUUUUUUUUAUUUAAAAAAAACGCGAGACAAGAAAAAAAAUAUAAUUUUAGUUUUUAAUUUAUUGUUUGACAAUCCAUUAAUAUUAAAAUAUUUCAAUCAAGUAAUCAAAUCAUACGCCAUAGAAUAAUCGAAAUAUAAAUAGAUUUAUAUUUUAAUAGCAACAAAAGAAAAACCAUUUUUCGUUUUUGGAUUUUACUCAAUGAGAAGACUCAAAUUAGGUUGUGUGAGGUGAAAAAUAUGAUAACCAAUUACUAUAUCCCUCAUGUUCAAUCGGUUCUACAUUUGCAAAUAAGAAGUAAAAACAACUUCAAUCAAAAUGGGAAGGAAAAAGAAGAAGGCUUCGAAACCAUGGUGCUGGUACUGUAACCGUGAGUUUGAUGAUGAAAAAAUUCUAGUCCAUCAUCAGAAAGCAAAACAUUUUAAAUGUCAUAUUUGUCAUAAAAAAUUAUACACUGGACCCGGACUAUCAAUACAUUGUAUGCAAGUACAUAAAGAAACAAUUGAUAAAGUACCAAAUUCACUACCAAAUAGAUCAAGCAUAGAAGUUGAAAUUUACGGCAUGGAUGGUAUACCAUCAGAGGAUUUAAAAGAACAUGAAAAACAAAAAAAUGGUGGCAAAUCAGAUUCUGAUGAUGAUGAGCCAACAACUAAGAAAACUAGGACAGAUACUUUAGUAGAUGGUUUGCAGGUAACAAAUUUAAAAGCACCACCAAUGGUUCCUCCGUUUGCGGCAAUGCCACCUCAUGUUAUGGGCCCGAUGGGUCCAAUGCAACCAUAUAUUGGACCUGGUGGAAUACCAUAUAUGCCUACGCCACAACCAUUUAUGGGUCCUCCAACAAGACCACUAUUUCCUGCAGCAGCUGUUAAUCACUUAAAUCACCAGCAAACAAGUAAUCCAUCUACCCAACAAGGUAAACCAACAUUUCCAGCUUAUAGUAAUGCUACUAUAAGUGCACCUCCUACAACAAAUCAAAAUAGUAAUAGCAAUAAUGCCAAUCAAAUACCAGGCGGUGGAAGUGGUACUUUAACAUCAAAUUUUGUGGCAGGCGUUGCAAAUGAAGCAAAUAAAAAUUCAAUCGUCACAAAUAAUACUACAUCGAAAAUAAUACAUCCAUCAGAAGAUAUUAGCUUGGAAGAGUUUAGAGCACGGAAAGAAAAAUACGCAAAAUUAGUUCAAGAAGCAUUAGCAAAAAUUCAAAAAAAUAAAAUUUCGACAACAUCAGCAACAGCAACAAUAAUAAAUAAUGUAACAACAUCGAUAAAAAAUUCAAUCAAUUCUACUGGUAUAACCACAACAACAACGGCGACAACAAUAGCUAGUAAUAAUGCGGCCAAACAUGGCCAUGAACAACCAACUUUAACGAAAACAUCCCCAGCAAGUGUUGCUGCAGCAGCUGUUGCGUUACAACAAGCCCACGUAGCUGCGGCUCAAUCAAGAGCGGCAGCUGCUGCUGUUGCAGCACAUACACAGGCACAAGCAGCUCAGGCUCAAGCGCAAGCGCAUGCCCAAGCGGCUGUUGCACAUCAUCAUCAACAACAACAGCAGCAGCAGCAGCAACAACAACAAAAGCAAUUCGAUGAUAUUAAUAGAGCAGUAAUGUUGCAACGUAUACAACAAGCUAGUCGACAAGCAGCGGGACAUCCAAUAGGAAUGGUACCAGUUGCAUCAACGCAAAUGCAACUAGUUCAACCCGUUAUGAGACCAACAAUGGCAUUAGCACCACAUGGUGCUGCAAUUUUAGGUGGUAAUAUGCUAAGGCCUGGCGCACCACCGCCACACCAGAUGCCGGCUGGGCUAUUAGCACCAAUACCAGGAAUGGUGGCACCUGGUAUUGGUGUUGUUAUACCAGGACCACCGCAUAUAAUGCCGAUGAUGCCACCUAGAUUUCGGUGAUCUACUUCAAGGGAGUCAUUUUGUUUGACUCCGUUAGUUGAUAAUUCAUUGCUAAUAUUGUAUCCUUAAAGAAAUAUUAAUAAUUACAGUAAAUAAAUAUUAUGGUAAAAAGAAAGAGAUUAAAAGAAAAAACUGAAAACAAAGUAAACAUAAAAAAGUAA